UAGAAUAGCGCUUCUAGCCAUACUUCUCUGCUACUUCGGAAAGACGAAAGCAAUGGAGAAUAGCUCGACAGAAGCAUUGGGCUACGAGUUAACGAUUGCAGGAUUGGAUUCCAUCAAUUUCAACAUGCACAGCGACUACCUGCGAUCGAAAGAGCAGUUCGACAUUCUCCGAGCAGAGCUUGAAGAAAUACGGGAUUCGAUUCGUAGCAACGAAGCCCUAGCACAACGCCAUGCUCGAACGCUGACCAAACUGGAGAGUGAAUCAGAGCUUACGACCAUGAGCCUGACAAGGCUGAUAAACAGCACGGCUGCGAUACACAAGCUUCAACAACUACAGCCGAGUACAGAAAUGUUGAACGAUCUGCUUGUAAGAUUUCUGACCAACAGCUCGUUCGAACAAACUUUGGCCAAGAUUCCACAACUUUCGGUCAAACAACCUCAAAUACAUCAAACUUGUUCCGACGUUACGAGUAAAACAUCCGGUGUCUACAGGCUGCAACCUGAUGGAAUUAAAUCGUUUGAAGCCUUUUGCGACCAAGAAUACGAGGGAGGAGGUUGGACUGUCAUCCAGAACCGUUUUGAUGGCGCGGUCGAUUUCUACCGCAAAUGGGCAGAAUAUGAACAGGGCUUCGGCAGUUUAGAGAACGAGUUUUGGUUGGGCCUUGAAAAAGUUCACCAACUCACCUCGCUCAAAGCUCAUGAGCUCCACGUUGUAGUGGAGGCAUUCGAUGGGAAGAAGGGCGUCGCUAAGUAUAGCCAUUUCUUGGUUGAUGGAGCUGACAAAAAAUACACCCUGUCAAAAUUGGGCACCUACAGUGGAAAUGCUGGAGACUCGCUAAGCUUCGCGCUCAACAUGAAGUUCACUACCCAGGAUGCCGAUCAUGACACUCAUGGAGGAAACUGCGCUGUUGAUUUCAAAGGUGCAUGGUGGUACACGGCUUGUCAUAAUAGUAAUCUGUACGGACUAUAUCAGAAAGGAUCGACUAAUUCAAAUUCGAUGUGCUGGCACAGCUUCAAAAGUUCAUACGAAAGUUUGCAUAAAUCCCGUAUGAUGAUUCGUGCCGUUAAGGAAAAGUAAAAACCUUCAAUGUGUUAUUAACAAUGUGGAUUUCAUGUAUGUUGGAGUUGGAGGUAAGGUUAAUUUAGCCGUCAUCCGUGCCCAGGGAAAAUGGUAGAAGUAGUGAUUGUGUUACUGUUACACUAAUGUUUGAUGUAAGAAUUCUUAGAAGGUACUCUUUCUUUUGGAUAGUUUUGUUGAAGAAAAAAGUAAAUUUGUUUUGUUAAUAAUGUUGAGUUUAUGAUAAAUUAUAGUAACCUAUGAAUCCGUUGUCAAGAUAAACAAACUGUAUCCAAGCAAUAUGUUUUCCUGUCGGGUAUAAAAACGUGCUCGGCAGCUAAUAAAUUCUACUCUAAGUUUCUACUUCAACCAAACUACGAGUUUCUUUUCCACGCCACUCUACAAGUAAAAACCAUGUUGUUGCCAUUUGGUGGCUCCAGAGAGUGAAUUCUAAAUUCCGUGAUAAACUAGUGAAAUAGUGUUACGAUAAUCGUAAAGACUCUUACAAUCAAUCUUCAUUCCAAAUAAUGAAACCUGCUUAAAACUCGGUUAUAAAUUCAUCUAGUUCAAAAUGAUCAUUCUCAAUUAUUGGAACGUUUUUUGACUAGUCAGAC